GGAUGAGGCACGCGACAGGCAUAAUACACGCUUUCUUAGAUGAUUAUGCCACGACCCCUUAUAUCAUGCAUGUCUCUGUCAAACACCUCUGUUGGAAAACCAAAGGACCUUUGGUAUCUUUAUUCCCCUGUAACUGGAAGGAGCUAGAAAGUGCGUCUUGCUUACUCGGCACAAAGUACUGGGUACAAAGAGCCUGGUUUAUCAUGCUAGGCAGAAGCCUAAUAGCUGUAGUUAAAUAGUACCCUCUACCUCUGGUAGAGAGCCUGGCUGGACAUUAGCACCACCCUGUUGAUAGCCACAUUCGAAAUGGCUGCCGCGGCAGAUAUCCCCAACCCUUCGGAAAGUGCCAUCCUACACCCGAAUAUCCAUCGCGCUCGGCCACCGAAAGCCAUCUCCGCCAAAGGGUGCUAUAUCACCCUCGAAGAUGGCCGCCAGAUCUUCGAGGCCUCGGCAGGGCCGGCGGUGGCGGCUAUCGGGCACGGCAACCAGGAGGUCACCGAGGCCGUGGUGGCGCAGAUGAACCAAAUAUCCUACUGCUUCGCCCUGAACUACGCCAACGAUUGCGCCGAGGAGCUGGCAAGGGAGGUCAUUGCAUCUACGAACGGGGACAUGGCCAGGGCGACCAUCAUGAGCUCGGGAUCGGAAGCGGUCGAGGCAGCCAUGAAACUCGCCGUCAAGUUCUUCGUCGAGAAAGGUCUCCCGAGCAAGACCAAAUUCGUAGCUCGGAGGGGCGCCUUCCACGGCACCACGCUGGGCUCGAUGGCCUUGACCGGCAAGGUCUCCUUCCGGAAGCCGUUCGAGCCUCUCAUCAAGGAGGACAUGGUCUCGUUUGUCUCGCUACCCAACAUGUACCGCGGCAUUCUAGAGGGAGAAACCGCGGCGGCGUAUGUGACGAGGCUGGCGGACGAGCUCGACGCCGAGUUCGAGCGGCUUGGGCCCGAGAACGUCUGCGCGUUCGUGGCCGAGACUGUGAGCGGGAGUGCACUGGGCUGCCACCCCGCACCCCCCGGCUACUUCCAAGCGAUCCGAUCGGUCUGCGACAAACACUCGGCCCUCCUCAUCCUCGACGAGGUCUUCUGCGGGAUGGGCCGCUCCGGCUCGCACCACGCGUGGCAGCAGGAGUCCGUCGUCCCCGACAUCCAAACCGUCGCCAAGGGCGUCGCCGGCGGCUACGUCCCCAUCAGCAUGCUCCUGGCCCACCGGCGCAUCGUGGACGCCAUCGACCGCGGCUCCGGGCUGUGGAACCACGGGCAUACGUUCUCAUCGCACCCCGUCGCCUGCGCAGCGGGCCUUGCUGUGCAGAGGAUCGUGAGGCGGGACGGGCUGGUUGAGAAUGCACGGCGCAUGGGCGAGAGGUUGGGAAGGGGGUUGGAGGCCGCGCUGGUUGGCCAUCCGCAUGUUGGCAAUGUCCGCGGGCGGGGGCUCAUGUGGGCGGUGGAGUUUGUGAGGAACAAGGAGACGAAGGAGCCGUUCCCCCCGGAUGACGGCGUGGCGGCUCGGAUCAGGGACGUGGGGAUGAGUUCGCCUUGGGACAUUUGCUUUCACCCGGGCUCAGGCCAUGAGGAUGGUGUCUCUGGGGAUCAUGUGACCAUCGUGCCAGCGUACACGAUCACCGAGGACCAGGUCGAUUUGAUCGUGGAGAAACUUACGGGCGUUGUAGUCGAAGUUCUGGGUUCCUUCUGACAUAUUUCGGGUCUUGAGAAAGAUGAUCCACAAGCUCAAUACCAUCAAAUCGCAUACCUAUUGCCUUCAAUCAGACGACUGAGUACGUCAACUCGUUGAGCGCACCGCCGCGUCCGCAAGGCAGAGGUGUUCAAUGAGGUAGGUCGACACGGUAGCCCACAGCGUCCGGAGAAGCGCACCUGUACUCACCCACAAGUGGGUCCAGUUUACAGAUCCAU